CCGGAAGUAAAGUGCCACGUUCAAGAAAAGUACUUCCGUUGGUUUGGCAGAUUUGAGAUCAUCACAUUCUUCUCAGCUAACUUACAUUUUGAAACACAGUAAGCUCUAAUCUUAACAGACGACACAGUCUAUGCCAUAACAUUUGUGGAAAUCAUGGUGUCUGUUCUUAAUUCCAUUGAUACAGCACAUGAGGACAUGAUUCAUGAUGCACAGCUUGACUAUUACGGAAUCAAACUAGCCACAUGUUCUUCGGAUCGAUCCAUUAAGAUCUUUGAUGUGAGAAACAACCAACAAACUUUGAUCACUGACCUCAGAGGUCAUGAUGGCCCAGUUUGGCAGCUGGCUUGGGCUCACCCGAUGUUCGGAAACCUGCUGGCGAGUUGUGGUUAUGACAGAAAAGUGAUUAUUUGGAAAGAAAUGAAUGGCACUUGGGACAAACUUUAUGAAUAUUCUAAUCACGAUUCGUCUGUGAAUUCUGUGUCUUUUGCACCACAUGAGUUUGGUUUAAUUUUGGCUUGUGGCAGUUCUGAUGGGACAAUAUCCAUUAUUUCAAGCACAGGUGAUGGAACAUGGGAGGCUUCAAAAAUUAAUGGUGCACACACUAUUGGUUGUAAUGCGGUGAGCUGGGCACCAGCUACUCCAUCCAAUGCUCUGUUUGAGAGUGGGAGACAACAGCCAGUGAAGAAGUUUGUGUCUGGUGGCUGUGAUAAUCUUGUUAAAGUGUGGAGGGAGGAUGAUGGCAAGUGGGUAGAGGACCAGAAACUGGAGGGACACAGCGACUGGGUGAGAGAUGUGGCUUGGGCGCCGUCAAUUGGUCUGCCCAAGAGUAUUAUUGCAUCUUGUUCACAGGACUGCCGGGUUAUUAUAUGGACAAAUGAUGGAACCAGCAAUACGUGGACUCCUUCUAUUCUGCACAAGUUCAAUGAUGUCGUUUGGCAUGUCAGCUGGUCCAUUCUGGGCAACAUUCUUGCUGUUUCAGGUGGAGAUAAUAAGGUCAGUUUGUGGAAGGAAUCUUUAGAAGGACAGUGGGUGUGUAUAAGUGAUGUUAAUAAAGGUCAAGGACAGAUUAACGAGCAAAGGCCUUCAUCCGGAUGAAUGCAAUCAUGUCUAGACUACUGUUUAUUCAUCAUUCUAGAAACUUUUCACACUUUGUGCAUACACUACCAGGAUACAACUAAAUGCCUGUGUUCAGAAAUCAAACAGCAUGACUCAUUGUGUAUGGAUUCAACUUGUACAUAAUAAUUUUAUGUCCAAUAGUUAUUCAGAAAGGGAGAUAACCAUAUUGAGUACAUAUUACUGUUCAGCACCAAUGAAUAGAACAACCUGUGGGAGUACUGUGUUUUGAAUUGUAUGUGGUUAUUUAGGAAUUCAUUUUGAAUUUAUCAUUAUACUUGUUCUGUUUACAGACAAUAAAUGCAUUUAAUAAAAAUAAGGCAUGCAUAUUCUGGUUUUGCAGAACUUUAGAAAACUUUUUCAGGGCUCGCACUGGAACAAAUUGUGGUUUAGCCAAUUUUCAGAAAUGUAGAGUAUUUUAUUAAAAUGUGGUUAAUUUGAGGAAUAUUUUAUUAGCCAAAGACUAAAUUGUGUAGCCAUUUUGUAUAAAAAUUAGCAAUUGUACAAGGUACAGAAAAGAUCCAAUUAAAUGUAACAAAUGUUGUUACUGAAUAUAAAAUAUAACCUUAGACUCGAAUGGAUGGUAAACUACUUUAAUAUUAAAUAGGUAGCACCUAUAAAUAUAGUGCUUUUUGCACUAGUAGAAUAACCUGAAGCUUGAGAAUUAAUUAUAUUAUACCAAUAUUUGUUUUUACGGUCCUUUUGAAGAGAAUUAUUCUUACUUCUAACAAUAAUAUAUGCUGAGGAAUUAAACUUGCUGUAAUAAAAUGUAGAUAGACUUUGUACCCGUUACAUCUAUCAGUUUUUUGAUUGGCAGUUACUAAACAGGUCUGUGAUUUGAUUAUCAAAUAUAUUUAUUUGCGUAUUAAUUUAUCAGACUUAAAAACUUGUAUAUGUAGCAUUGUAACAAAAAUAAAGGGGCAUGGGUGGAAUAGAGAAUAAGUCUCAAUUUCUUUUCUCAAACUCUGUAUAAUUUAAUUUUUAAAAACAUUUCCUUUUUUUUGCCUUCUAAAAUGAACGUUGGCAUUGUAGGCAUAUAGGUCUUGGAAGUAUGGUGAAAGUCCUGUUUUUCGCAUUUGAAAUACAUGUAUCUGUGAAUAAACAUAUGAUGAUUUAUCAUCUUGUA